AUGCCGUCAAACCCAACCCAACACUUCAAACGCAUCGGCGUCGUCGGAGCCGGCAACAUGGGCUCGAUGAUGGUCUUUGCCUUUUCGGAAAUCGGCCUCGACGUCUCCGUCUGGGACGUUAGCAAGAGUAACCUCGACCAGCUUAUGACCAACGUCAAGGCGUCUAAAGACAUCAAGACUAAAGUCGAGGGAUACCAUGACAUUGACGAGUUCACCAGGUCUCUCGAGGGCGGGGGUGAUCGGAAAUUGUUCAUGUUCUCGAUUACUCAUGGCCAACCUGCUGAUUCCGUGCUGAGCAUGAUCAAGAAGGAUCUUAAGAAGGGUGAUAUCAUUCUCGACGGCGGUAAUGAGAACUAUCGGCGCACGGAGCGGAGACAGAAGGAGUGUAAGGAGAUUGGCGUUAGUUGGAUCGGUAUGGGUGUCUCGGGGGGUUAUCAGUCUGCUCGAAGGGGCCCUAGUUUGUCGCCUGGUGGUGAUCCCGAGGCUAUGAAGCUCGUGAUGCCACUGUUGGAAGCCUACUCGGCCAAAGACAAGAAGACCGGUCUUCCCUGCGUGACUGCCGUUGGGCCUGCCGGGUCCGGCCACUUUGUCAAGAUGGUCCACAACGGUAUCGAGGGUGGCAUGUUGUCGACGCUGGCCGAGGCGUGGUCCCUUCUGCACUAUGGCCUGGGCAUGAAUUAUGACGAGAUUGGAGAUAUUUUCGCGCAAUGGAACAAAGAGGGCGAGCUCAGAAACAACUACCUCAUCCAAAUCGGUUCUGAAAUUUGUCAUGUCAAGCGCACUCCCCAAGGCGACCAUAAAGGCGAAGGUGUCAGCGACAAAGACGGAUACGUGCUAGACGACGUGCUGGACAAAGUCGUCCAAGACGACGACAACACCGAAGGCACCCCGCUAUGGGCCCUUAUGGAUUCAGCAUUCCGUCACGUCUCAGCCCCGACUUUAGCCACCGCCCACUACAUGAGAAUCUCCAGCGGCAACCGUGAAGAACGACUCAAGGUCGCGAAGAAAAUCCAAGUCCCCUCCCCGAAGCCCAUCGAGCGCAUCAAGGACCGCAAGGAGUUCGUCGAGCACCUGCGCCGUGCGGUCUAUGCCGCUUUCCUCUCGUCAUUCUGCCAGGGUCUCGAGAUCAUCUCCCGCGCUUCCCUGGAUGAGGGAUGGAACAUCGAUCUGGGCAAGUGCCUUCAAAUCUGGCGUGCCGGAUGUAUCAUCCAGUCCGAGGCCAUUGCCGAUAUCCUGCAGCCAGCGCUUAGCGCGGACAAGCAGUUGACCAACAUCAAGUUUAUCGAUAAGGUCGCCCAAGAACUGCACAAGAACUUUGAGUCCCUGAAACAGGUGGUCAUCGAGAGUAUCAUGUCCGAUCAGUAUAUCCCCGCCAUCUCGGCCACGCUGGAGUAUCUGAAGUAUGAGGGUGGAACAAAGCUACCGACCAAGUUCAUGGAGGCUCAGAUGGACUUUUUCGGAGCGCAUGCAUAUAAUAAGCCUGGUGUUCCUGGAGAGGAUCCAGGUCCGGUUAAGAAGGGGCCUCAUCAUUAUGAAUGGCGGCCGGCAUAA